UCUCUCUUAACAGCAAAACUAAAGAGAAUUUCUUUGCUUCCUUUUUCUUAUUUUUAUUCUUUCUCUCUCUCUCUCUAUCUGCCAAGUCCUCAAGAAUUCAACUUUCGUAUUCAUGAAAGCUAAGCUCCCUCCUACAAGGUUGGCUUUGGCACGUGGGUUUUAACGUUCAACUUCUUCUAUGGAGAUGGAUACUACUCAUUUGGAUAAUGAUAUGGAGGGCAUUGAAGAUGAAUCUGCUGAACAAUUACUUGCUUCAUGUUCCUUUUUGGAUAAAAUUUUUGGAGAUCUGCAGAUGCUUCCUCGUGUUGGAGAUGAAUACCAAGCAAAAAUUCCACCUCUAGUUGGAGAAUGUCAUAGUUUACAGGUUAUAAAUAAACCAAUUGACUCAGAAGUGAUAAUCAGUGUGCCAAGCCCUUUUCCAUUGGGAUUGCCUAUCCCUCUUAUCUGGACAAGGACUGAAGUUGAAAGCACAGAUGGUGCAUUUGAAUUUGAAAACAGUGAAGAGAGCCAAAUUACAUCAAGCCAUGGAUGUAAAGAAUAUAAAGUUCAAGCUCUAGAUUCUGCGUUGGGUGAUGGGAAAGACAUGAGAGGAUGUUCAAAGCAUCAAACUACAAAUGGAACUGAACAGAUGGAUGUUUAUUUACACUUCCCACAGGAGCCAAAAUCUAAGCUGAAUCAGGUGGAUAGAGGUCCCUAUCCUCUUCCAGGCUCUUCAGGUGAAGUAUGGAAGGAUAUCGAGCAUGACAGUUUUCUUCUUGGGCUAUACAUCUUUGGGAAAAAUCUUAUUCUUGUGAACAAUUUUGUUAAGAGUAAAGGGAUGGGAGAGAUAUUGUCUUUCUAUUAUGGAAAAUUUUACAGGUCUGAUGGAUAUCGUAGAUGGUCAGAAUGCCGAAAAUUAAGAGGCAGACGGGGCAUUCAUGGACAAAAGCUGUUCACAGGAUGGAGGCAACAGGAAUUACUAUCACGAUUAUUUUCUCAUCUAUCAAAAGAUUGUCAAGAUAUGCUGCUUAAGGUUUCUAAGACAUUUGGUGAGGGAAAAAUUUCCUUUGAGGAAUACGUUUUCACCAUAAAGAAUGCAGUUGGCAUUCAUACGCUCAUAGAAGCUAUAGGUAUUGGCAAAGGAAAGCAAGACCUCACUGGCAAUGCCAUGGAGCCAGUAAAAGCCAAUCAUGUAGCUUCUGUUCGUCCUGAAAUACCAGUUGGCAAAGCAUGUUCUGCUCUUACAUCAGCAGAUAUUAUCAAGUUUCUAACAGGAGGUUUUAGGUUGAGCAAAGCUAGAUCGAGUGAUCUUUUCUGGGAAGCUGUUUGGCCUCGCCUUUUAGCAAGAGGUUGGCACUCUGAACAGUCAAAGGAUCACGUUUUUUCCGGUUCAAAGAACUCUCUAGUGUUUCUUAUACCUGGGGUUAAGAAGUUUUCAAGGAGGAGACUAGUGAAAGGGAACCACUAUUUUGAUUCUGUUACCGAUGUUCUUAGUAAAGUUGCAUCUGAACCAUGGCUCCUUGAGCUUGAAAUUGAAGUGACUAAGGGCAGCCGAGAGAAAGAAGAAAAUAAGUGGGACCCAGUAAUAAAACAAGAUCCUGGUUUUAUGUCAAAUAAAUGUAAUGGUUACCUCAAGCCACGAAAUUCUGGCUGCAAUCGAGAUCUAAUGAAGUUUACAAUUGUAGAUACUAGUCUGGUUGAAGGUGGGGAACGAUCCAAGGUUAGAGAGCUGAGAAGCUUACCUCUUGAAGCUACUAGGUUAUCCACCCCCUCUAGUAUUUCUAGUGAUUAUGAGGAUACAUCUAGUGACUCAGAAGAUGAAGCAGAAGAAACUAGCACCUCCAUGGCUGCAGAGGCGAUGGCUGAUAGGGGACAAUCUGUGGACUUAUCAGAUUGUGUAAAUAGUAGCUCAAAUAUUGGCAUUCGUCACACCUCUGAUACCACCAUUAUAUCAGUGGAAAACUAUGAAAGCCACAACACAAGUCUGCUUGAUGAAGAGGAACAAAAGGUUAUGAAAUAUUUGGCUCCUGUUACUAAACAGCGGGGUUCAACAGAUUGCAUCCAUGAAGAAUCAAUCUGUAGUGUUGGAAACAUUUCUGCUGACAGGAUUUUAAACGGAGACAAUUCCCUUUGUAGGUCAAACUCACCUGAUGCUUGUGAAGAUAUGGUUUUUCAAACGGGAUCCCAAAACUUGUCACCUGCCAGUUCUUUGGCUAAAGGCAGUCCAGAUGAGAGAAAGGAAGGCACUGUCACGGACAACUGCCUGCAUAGAGAUGAAUCUCCAACGAAAACUCAGUCCCAUAUAUUGAUAGACUUAAAUGUUCCUCAAGUUUCAAUAGAUAUGGAAACUGAUGAACCCUUUCUUAUGGAGACAAUGCAAAAUAGUGACAAUUCCUGUGCACAUAUGUCAUUCAUUCAGUCUGAAACAACAGUGCAGCCUGAGCCAUUGAAGCUUCCUGAUAAAGAUGCAGAGGUCAACCAGCAGCCUAUAAUGCACAACCGGAGACAGAGUACUAGGAACCGACCAUUGACCACAAAAGCAUUAGAAGCUCUUGAAUGUGGGUUCUUCAGUCCGAAGAGAAAGAGAAGGGCCGUAGAGGCUCCACAGAAUAACUCACGAAGAGUUCGUGCGAGGCCUGCUGUUAGUGCCAUUUUUAGAAAUGGUGCUACUAAUCCCAACAUAGAGGAGAAUAAGGAUGGGUUCUGCAGUACCAAAAAAUAGCCAGUCAGUUUCAAAAUUUGAAUCUGUUACAUGGAGAAAUGAGUGGGCUAAUUGCUAAGCUGUUCCCGAAACCACCUCCCAUGUCCUGCAAAGCCUUGUGCUUUGGGUGGUAUUGAUUUUCUAGUCAAUAAUCGGGAGACCAAAUAUUUCCUUUAUCAUACUUGGAAAACACAACACUCCAUUCACCCAACUAGUUGCAGAUUCCUGACCAAUGUCUGGUGAAAAAUUAAAAGUAUCACACAUGUUCAUCUUACAUAAGUUAGAUGAAACAGAUAGUCUGAUGCGGCGUUAUGAUCUCAGAAAGGAGAGGCGGGGCUACAAUUCCUUCGACUGGAGUAGCCUUUCCUCAGUGUAGGAGCAACUGACACAGUUGGUUCUUACUGUCUUCUACAUAAUUGACUUGCAAAGGUUAUACCUUAUUGGGGUUUUACUGCUGAAUGAUUCUAAUGCCAAUCUUUGAUCUCGAUGCACAUAACAGUAAUUUUUCCAGUUACUUUUAUCUCUUUCUAUAUAAACGUGUUGUCCUGAAAAAGUGUAUAGAGCAAAAGAAUGGUUUACCUUUAUAAGAUUUUGCAAUUUAACAGAGCUUGUCUUAUUGUUUUAUUUAUUUAUGUAUUUAUGAAAAGCAUAUAAAAGAAUGUCAUA